ACGUGCUGUGCUCGGCUGGCCGUGGAGUCAGUCGAAGCUCUCCUCAGCGGCCGGCUGAGCCAGCUGAGGUGGGAGAAAAACAUGGCUCGGCCCUUGGAGGGCGCGAAGGCUCGGGUUGCGGUGGAGACCAAGGCACCCGCAGCGUGAGCCAGUGGUUGUUUGAAUUCAGUGACACGAAGGAAGCAUCCCUGUUUGAACAAGAUUACUUAUUAAGGAAGUAUUCCCAAAUAUUUCCAGGGAACCCCUUCUUCCUCCCAACAACUUUCAUGUCUUCUGUUUUCCCUUUUGUGGAAGUUUUAAUUAAGGAUGUCUGCAUGAGCAUGGAUGCGUGGUUAUUUACUUAAGUAAAGGUGGCUAGCCAGGGGUUUCACCACUGAGGAAUAUGACUUCCCACCCCUGGCAACCAUUCCUAUAGCUCCUUGAGAGUGGGGUCCUGGUAUUUUAGAAGCUACAAGAAAAAAGAUUAAGAGGCUUGAUCUCUUGUGGACAUGGCUCAGAUUUCUAACAACAGUGAAUUUAAACAAUGUUCAUCUUCACAUCCAGAACCAAUAAGAACCAAAGAUGUGGACAAAGCAGAAGCAUUGCAGAUGGAAGCAGAAGCCUUAGCAAAAUUGCAGAAGGAUAGACAAAUGACUGACAGUCCAAGAGGCUUUGAGUUGUCUAGCAGCACUAGACAAAGAACACAAGGUUUUAACAAACAGGAUUAUGAUCUCAUGAUGUUUCCUGAGUCGGAGUCCCAAAAAAGAGCAGUAGAUAUUGACGUAGAAAAGCUCACCCAAGCUGAACUUGAGAAGAUAUUGCUGGAUGACAAUUUUGAAACUAGAAAAACCCCUGCAUUGCCAGUUACUCCUGUUCUGAGCCCUUCAUUUUCAACACAGCUAUAUUUUAGACCUACUGUUCAAAGAGGCCAGUGGCCCCCUGGAUUAUGCGGGCCUUCCACAUAUACUUUACCUUCUAUUUAUCCUUCAGCAUACAGUAAACAGGCCACAUUCCAGAAUGGCUUCAGUCCAAGGAUGCCCACUUAUCCAUCUACAGAGUCUAUAUAUUUAAGACUUCCAGGACAGUCUCCAUAUUUUUCAUAUCCUUUGACAGCUGCCACACCAUUUCAUCCACAAGGAAGUUUACCAGUCUAUCGGCCACUAGUCAGUCCUGACAUGGCAAAACUAUUUGACAAAAUAGCAAGUACCUCAGAAUUUUUAAAAAAUGGGAAAGCAAGGACUGAUUUGGAGAUAGCAAACUCGAAAGCUUCAGUUUGCAAUCUACAGUUGUCUCCAAAGUCUGAAGACAUCAAUAAAUUUGAUUGGUUAGACCUGGAUCCUCUGAGUAAGCCUAAGGUAGACUAUGUGGAUGUGUUAGAACAUGAAGAAGAGAAAAAGAAUCCAGUUUUGCUAGCAGAGGAUCCUUGGGAUGCUGUUCUUCUUGAAGAGAGAUCUCCAACGAGUUGUCACCUAGAAAGAAAGGUGAAUGGAAAAUCCCUUUCUGGGGCAACUGUAACAAGAAGCCAGUCUUUAAUCAUUCGAACAGCUCAACUUACAAAAGCCCAGGGCCAAGUAUCUCAGAAAGACCCAAAUGGGACCAGUAGUUUGCCAACUGGAAGUUCUCUUCUACAAGAAUUUGAAGUACAGAAUGAGGAGGUGGCAGCUUUUUGUCAAUCCAUUAUGAAAUUGAAGACCAAAUUUCCAUAUACCGAUCACUGCACAAAUCCAGGCUAUUUGUUAAGUCCAGUCACAGUGCAAAGAAACACGUGUGGAGAAAAUGCCAGUGUGAAGGUCUCCAUUGAAAUUGAAGGGUUUCAGCUACCAGUUACUUUUACAUGUGAUGUGAGCUCUACUGUAGAAAUAAUUAUAAUGCAAGCCCUUUGUUGGGUACAUGAUGACUUGAAUCAAGUGAAUGUUGGCAGCUACAUUUUGAAAGUUUGUGGUCAAGAGGAGGUUCUACAGAAUAAUCAUUGCCUUGGAAGUCAUGAACAUAUUCAAAACUGUCGAAAAUGGGACACAGAGAUUAAAUUACAGCUCUUGACCUUCAGUGCAAUGUGCCAGAAUCUGGCUCGAACAGCAGAAGAUGAUGAAGCACCUGUGGAUUUAAACAAAUUCUUGUAUCAAAUAGAAAAACCUUAUAAAGAAGUCAUGACAAGACACCCUGUUGAAGAACUCUUAGAUUCCUAUCACUACCAAGUAGAACUGGCUCUUCAAACUGAAAACCAGCACCGAGCUGUUGAUCAAGUGAUUAAAGCAGUAAGAAAAAUCUGCAGUGUUUUAGACGGGGUGGAGACCCCCUCCGUUACAGAAGCAGUGAAGAAGUUAAAGCGAGCAGUUAACCUUCCAAGGAAUAAAAGUGCUGAUGUGACUUCAUUUUCUGGAGGAGAUACUAGCAAGAACUCAACUAGGGGGUCACUGAAUCCUGAAAAUCCUGUUGAAGUAAGCAUGGAUCACUUAACGGCAGCAAUUUAUGAUCUUCUCAGGCUCCAUGCAAAUUCUAAUAGGAGUUGUACAGGCUGUCCCCAAGGUAGCAGGACCGUCAAGGAAGCAUGGACUGCAGCGGAACAGCUCCAGUUCACUGUCUAUGCUGCUCAUGGAAUUCCCAGUAACUGGGUAUCAAAUUAUGAAAAAUACUUCUUGAUAUGUUCCCUGUCUCACAAUGGGAAGGAUCUUUUUAAACCUAUUCAGUCAAAGAAGGUUGGCACGUACAAGAAUUUCUUCUAUCUUAUUAAAUGGGAUGAACUAAUCAUUUUUCCUAUCCAGAUAUCGCAGUUGCCAUUAGAGUCAAUUCUUCAUCUUACUCUGUUUGGAGUUUUAAAUCAGAGCAAUGGAAGUUCCCCUGAUUCUAAUAAACAAAGAAAGGGGCCAGAAGCUCUGGGCAAAGUUUCUUUAACUCUGUUUGACUUUAAACGGUUUUUAACAUGUGGAACUAAACUUCUUUACCUUUGGACUUCAUCACAUACAAAUUCUAUUCCUGGAGCAAUCCCCAAAAAAAGCUAUAUCAUGGAAAGAAUUGUGCUACAGGUUGAUUUUCCUUCCCCUGCAUUUGACAUUAUUUAUACAUCUCCUCAAAUUGAUAGAAACAUUAUACAGCAAUACAAAUUGGAAACACUGGAGAAUGAUAUAAAGGGGAAACUUCUGGAUAUUAUUCACAGAGAUUCAUCAUUUGGACUUUCUAAAGAAGAUAAAGUAUUUUUGUGGGAAAACCGCUAUUAUUGCCUAAAACAUCCAAAUUGUCUUCCGAAGAUACUAGCAAGUGCUCCAAACUGGAAGUGGGCUAAUCUUGCCAAAACUUACUCAUUGCUGCAUCAGUGGCCGCCAUUGUGCCCACUAGCUGCACUGGAGCUCCUGGAUGCAAAAUUUGCUGAUCAGGAAGUACGAUCGCUAGCUGUGAGCUGGAUUGAGGCCAUUAGUGAUGAUGAGCUAGCAGAUCUUCUCCCACAGUUUGUACAGGCUUUGAAAUAUGAAAUUUAUUUGAAUAGUUCACUAGUGCGCUUCCUUCUGUCCAGGGCAUUGAGAAACAUCCAGAUAGCACACAGUUUAUAUUGGCUUCUCAAGGAUGCUUUGCACGAUACACACUUUGGAAGCAGAUAUGAACAUGUGUUGGGUGCUCUCCUCUCUGUAGGAGGAAAGAGACUCAGAGAAGAGCUCUCUAAGCAAAUGAAACUUGUACAGCUUUUAGGAGGAGUGGCAGAAAAAGUGAGGCAGGCUAGUGGAUCAACCAGACAGGUGGUCCUCCAAAAGAGUAUGGAACGGGUACAGUCCUUCUUUCUGAGAAAUAAAUGCCGUCUUCCUCUCAAACCAAGUCUAGUGGCAAAAGAAUUAAAUAUUAAGUCAUGUUCAUUCUUCAGUUCUAAUGCUAUGCCUCUGAAAGUCACAAUGGUGAAUGCUGAUCCUCUGGGGGAAGAAAUUAAUGUCAUGUUUAAGGUUGGUGAAGAUCUGCGGCAAGAUAUGUUAGCUUUACAGAUGAUAAAGAUUAUGGAUAAGAUCUGGCUUAAAGAGGGACUAGAUUUGAGGAUGGUGAUAUUCAAAUGCCUGUCAACUGGCAGAGAUCGAGGCAUGGUGGAGCUAGUUCCUGCUUCAGAUACCCUCAGGAAAAUCCAAGUGGAAUAUGGUGUAACAGGAUCCUUUAAAGAUAAACCACUUGCUGAGUGGCUGAGGAAAUACAAUCCAUCUGAAGAAGAAUAUGAAAAGGCUUCUGAGAAUUUUAUCUACUCUUGUGCUGGGUGCUGUGUAGCCACCUAUGUUUUAGGCAUUUGUGAUCGGCACAAUGACAAUAUAAUGCUUCGAAGCACAGGACACAUGUUCCACAUUGACUUUGGAAAGUUUUUGGGCCAUGCACAGAUGUUUGGUAGCUUCAAAAGGGACCGAGCUCCUUUUGUGCUUACCUCUGACAUGGCAUAUGUCAUUAAUGGAGGUGAAAAGCCCACCAUUCGUUUCCAGUUAUUUGUGGACCUCUGCUGUCAAGCCUACAAUUUGAUAAGAAAGCAAACGAACCUAUUUCUUAACCUUCUCUCACUGAUGAUUCCUUCAGGAUUGCCAGAACUUACAAGUAUUCAGGAUUUGAAAUAUGUUAGAGAUGCACUUCAGCCCCAAACUACAGAUGCUGAAGCUACUAUUUUCUUUACUAGGCUGAUUGAGUCAAGCUUGGGAAGCAUUGCCACAAAGUUCAAUUUCUUCAUUCAUAACCUUGCUCAGCUACGUUUUUCUGGCCUUCCUUCUAAUGAUGAGCCCAUCCUUUCAUUCUCACCAAAAACAUACUCCUUUAGACAAGACGGCCGGAUCAAGGAAGUCUCUGUUUUCACAUAUCAUAAGAAAUAUAACCCAGAUAAACACUAUAUUUAUGUGGUUCGAAUUCUGAGAGAAGGACACCUUGAACCAUCAUUUGUAUUCCGGACAUUUGAUGAAUUUCAGGAACUUCACAAUAAGCUCAGUAUUAUUUUUCCACUUUGGAAAUUACCUGGCUUUCCUAAUAGGAUGGUUCUUGGAAGAACACACAUAAAAGAUGUAGCAGCCAAGAGGAAAGUUGAAUUAAACAGUUAUUUACAGAGUUUGAUGAAUUCAUCAACAGAUGUAGCAGAGUGUGAUCUUGUUUGUACUUUUUUCCACCCCUUACUUCGUGAUGAGAAAGCUGAAGGAAUAGCUAGGUCUGCAGUUGCAGGUCCCUUCAGCCCUACUCUGGGCCAAAUAGGAGGAGCAGUGAAGUUAUCUGUUUCUUACCGAAAUGGCACCCUUUUCAUCAUGGUGAUGCACAUCAAAGAUCUCGUGACUGAAGAUGGGGCUGACCCAAAUCCAUAUGUCAAAACAUACCUGCUUCCAGAUACCCACAAAACAUCAAAACGUAAAACCAAAAUUUCACGUAAAACUAGGAACCCAACAUUUAAUGAAAUGCUUGUAUAUAGUGGAUACAGCAAAGAAACUCUGAGGCAGAGAGAACUUCAACUGAGUGUACUCAGUGCAGAAUCUCUGCGGGAGAAUUUCUUCUUGGGUGGAAUAACCCUGCCACUGAAAGAUUUCAACUUGAGUAAAGAGACAGUUAAGUGGUAUCAGCUGACUGCAGCAACAUACCUAUAAACCUGAUUUCUGAGCACAUGUGUGUGCACAUGUGCAUACACACACUUGGAAACUUUGUAUAAUUUCAUACUUUGGCAGAAAUUAUAAACUUAACAUGUUGGACCAACUAUAAUUUUUAUAGAUUUUGGGAAGGCAUUGCUGUUUCAAAGUCAUUUUGUCGAAUGCUACCAAACCCAAACUUAAUACACGCUAAGUCCUAAAAAAGACUUUGACAUAAUACUGUGUCAUUUUGGUCACCUUGUCUGUACUCUUCCUACACAGACACAGCAAAUAGUUUUUUGUUAUGCACCUCACAGCCUUUACCACUGUGUAUGUUCACAGACACCAAAGGAAAGAUUGCAGCUGCUACUCAACAGGCUGAAAAGCAAAGCACAAAUAGUAGUCGGAAUGCUAAGAACUACUAAGUAGUUUAUUCAAGUAGAAAAAAAAACACUAUUUUUAUUCGUUGUUAAAGCCUUUUCAGAGUAAGUGCCAAUCACUGAAGUUGUAAAUAAUAGUGCCUUAUUAACUGUAUGCCUCACUGGCACUUCAUCUCUGGUUAAAGAGCAAGCCGUUUCCAUCCAUUCUCACCUUACUGAGAACAAAAUGUCAUGUACAUUUAUUAACGGUUUUCCCACAAAAAUACUAUUUUCUCUACUAAUUUCUGAUUUGGGCUUUGUUAUUUUCACUAUUAAGCUAUUUGACCUAAUGUUAAUUGCCUAGUAAUUGAAUGUGAUUUAUUGAUAUAGUUGUAUUCUAAAUUCUAUCAUUCCAUUAUAAUUUGCGAGGGUGUGAACUGAAAUUGGAAUUUCACUUCCUUGUAUUUAUACUUUACUCCCUCAUUAAAAAAAUGGAAAUUGUUCAACCUUAUGCCCAUUUUUGUUUGGUAAGGUACCCAGGCAGGAUAAGGAGUUAGGGUCCUGACUGAAUUUUAAUUUAGACAUUCAUGGAAGGUGUUGUGUAAACUGUCUUGUAUUUGUAAACAUUGUACAUUCACGUGAAUUAUUUUCUGUACUACAAUGAAAUUCAGAAUUUCAAGAGAGAAGUUUGAAGUAACUAUGGAGUAGCCAUUAAGAAUAAGAUUCAUUUUUAUUUCCCAUUUCAGACAUAAUUUUGUUUAGUUUUGGUAAACAUGUAUAUAUAAUAAAUUUCUUGGUUAGAAGUUCAGAUAUUUUUGGAAUGGUAAUAGAGAUGUAGCAGAUUUGGUAGUUAAGAGAAAACUGACAAACUACUUAAUGAAGGGUACCAGGAGAGGACAAUCUUGAUUCAGUUUGCCAGAAUAAAAUUUUUAUGAAGUGUACAAAGUGAUUGAUAGAAAUGAUUAUGCUUCCAGAGUUAAAUUAAGAGGUAAGGAUGUUAUCAUUGGAAUACGUUUUUAAAAAUUCAAAACUUGAAAUAUUUGGUGCCUAACACUAUGGUCCAUUUGUAGGGAAACCUAUAUGAGUAUUGUAUGUGAAUUUAUUUUAUAUUAAAGUGUGUUGUCUACUUGAUAAUUGAAAUGAAGAACAAAGCACCAUUGUUUGCUUUUUCCACAAUUAACAUUUCCUUAAAUUGUUUUGCAGAUAUAAGUAGCACUAGAAUUUUUUUUUCUUUUGAGACAGACCUAAUUCCAUUCCAUGAGUCACGUAGCUAUUUAAAAAAAAUGCUGUUUGUAAAAAGGUGGUCAUUGACUGGACUUGUGGACCUUUUUGAGAUGUUACCGUGUAUCUUAGCAGAAACAGAAUUAGAAAAUGUAAGUUUUCAGUGACAAGAAAUCUGAUUAAUAUCUAAAAGUAUAUAUUAUAAUUAAUACUGUAUAGUUAACAAGAAUUCAAAAAGUGAUAUUGUCUCUUAAUUUAACUCAAUUUGUGCCUUCUUUGGUCAUUAGAAUACAUAUAUUUUAAUAUAAGUUAUUUCUUUGUAAAAUGCUAAUCUUCAGCCCAUACCAAAAAAACAGUGAUAGGGAGGAGAAAGUAGCCUCUAUGCACUACAACUGCAGUCAAUUAUAAUCAGCUAGCCUUCUAAAAGCUUUUUAACAGUUACCUUAAAAUAAAUCUGAAAUACAAAACUCUAAACAAACAGGCCAAGACACUAAUUUUUAUGUAAAUCAUAUUUAUAACUACCUUCAUCAAGUAAACAUAAUUCUGCUACAUACAAAUCCUGUGCCAGAAUUCUUUGUUCUUGCCAGUCCUCUAGGAUCUAAAAAUGAUGGUUCAUCCCAAGAACCUGUUUUCUCUGAGGAAUCCAAUAAGAAUUGGCACCAAUGCUUUUUAUUAUUGUGUUUAUGUGAAUUGAGUUGUUAAAGUAUGUGUAUCUUUUUUAAGUACUCUUUUUCCAAUUAAAGUUGUAUAUAAUGUUCAAAAUCUUGCCUUAAAUUGUUUAAUUCUUUCUAAGACUCAUGAAUUGUAACGUUUAAAAAAUGUACUUUUGAUAACUCAGAUUUUAAAAAAACACUGAAGACCUGCUAUUAUGAUACACAUUUACUUACAUGCUGUUCACUAGCAAUGCAAAUAUGGAUGUGAUUACUAGUGUCACCUGUAAGAACAAAAUGCUUUAAUUAUAUCAGCAUAGUGAGUUAAGAUGUAUAAUAUUUUUAUUAAUACUUGGAGCAUAUUCAGUGAAUUGAAUGUGACUUCAUAACUAUACUACAAUUAUAUUAAAAUAUUUCU